AUGACUGUCACACCUGUGUUUUCAAUGCUCAAGGCUUACUUGGCCAAUACCCAAGCCAAGACCUACUCGCCUGAUGCGGAAGGCUACAAGCAAGUUGAACAAUGUUUUGUUGAGAAACACGUUCAGCCUCUUGGUGUAGUCAGACCUCAAAAUAGCGAUGAAGUGGCCUUGAUAGUGCAGUUCUGCCUCGAAAACAGCGUCGAGUUCAGCGUUCGAGGAGGAGGCCACGACUGCGCCAGUCGAACAUUGGUCGAUGGGGCGCUUGUGAUUGAUAUGCGAGACAUCAAGCAUGUUGUUAUUUCUGAAGACAAAAAAAGCGCAAGAGUCGGCGGGGGUAUUCUCAGUGGUGAAUUGGCCAGGGCCUUGGUGAAAGAAGGCUUGAGUACGCCUACUGGUACUGUUGCUAGUGUAGGAUAUACCGGAUGGGCUACUCUGGGUGGCUACGGACCGUUGACGACGCAUUAUGGCCUUGGUGUUGACCAGAUCAUCGGAGCAGAGAUUGUUAAUGCUCGUGGAGAAGUCCAGGAUGCUAAUGAGGAACUGCUUGUCGGUAUCCGAGGCGGCGGCGGCUCACUCGGUGUAAUCGUUGAGCUUACCAUUAAAGUUUACCCGAUCGAUAAGAUCCUCUCGUCCAUGAUCAUCUACGACUCAAGCGACCUAUCCUCAGCCCUGACAUCCUACACCCAACACUACGAAAAGCUGCUCGAAUCAGGCCAACUCCCAGUGCACUUACAGCUUCAACCGAUGAUCGCCCAAAUGCCAGGCCAGCCAGUCAGUCUCAUGGUAAUCGCAACUUGGCACGGCGACGACAAAGAUGACGGCCGCACGUGGAUCAAAAACAUUGCUGGAGCAGCGACUUGCGUGAUGGAGAAUACACAGGAAAUCAAACUUGCUGAAAUGCUCGAGAACAAUGAGAAGUUGGUCACUUGGCCUUCCUACGGUCGAGUCUACACCCUCAACUGUAAGACUCUAACAAAGAAGGCGAUCGACAUCCUAGCAAAACAUUGCGUCAAUGCCCCAGGCGGAAGUCUAAUUUUCUCAUACCAUACGCUCCUCUCAGCACAAGAACCUGAGAAAAAGUCUGUUUUUGGCACGAGAGCUCGUCAUCACAUGUUUGAGAUUUACGCUAUUCUUGCAGACAAGGGCAUCGCAGAAGAGCGAGUUCAGUGGGCGGCCAAGGUCAAGGCAGAAAUUCAGGCAGAAGAUGCUGAUAAUAUCCUGGAGGGGUCGUAUAUCUCGCUUGGAUCUCAUGAGGAUGCUGAUGUCAAGAAGAUCUAUGGGAAGCAUUAUGAGACGUUGGCAGCGCUGAAGAGGAAGUAUGAUCCUGGGAAUGUGUUUAAGCACAGCGUUCCGAGAUUGAUGCUUGCUGAAGAGGGGGAUGAGAUUGUUGAGGCCUGA